AUGGGUCUCGCAUCGAAUGCCAUCUACUACACCUUUCAUCCCUCGGAACUGAGGUCGAUUAUGCAAUGGAAGAUCUGGCACUCCCCGGUUCAUGAGCGCAAUGAGAAGAACGAGACCGAGACUGAGAAGGCCUGCUUCAAAUUCCUCGACCUGACCAGUCGGAGCUUCAGCGCUGUCAUCAAGGAGCUCCACCCGGAGCUGUUGAUGCCCGUCUGCGUCUUCUACCUCACACUUCGCGGGCUGGACACAAUCGAAGACGACACGUCGAUUCCUUUGGAAACAAAGGAACCUCUGCUGCGUGGCUUCAAGGACUUCCUGGAACAGGAUGGCUGGACCUUCAAUGGCAACCGCCCCGAAGAGAAGGACCGUGAGCUGCUGGUUCAGUUUCACAAUGUCAUCACCGAGUUCAAGAAGAUGAAACCCGCCUACCAGGCCAUCAUCAAGGACAUCACCGACAAGAUGGGCAACGGUAUGGCCGAUUACUGUCGCAAGGCGGCCUUUGAUGACGCCAGCGUGAUCACCGUCGAGGAAUACGACCUGUACUGCUACUACGUCGCUGGCUUGGUCGGUGAAGGACUGACGCGCCUCUUCGUCGAGGCCGAGUUUGGUAACCCUGCCCUGCUGGAACGCGCGCGUCUGCACAAGUCCAUGGGACUCUUCCUCCAAAAGACCAACAUCAUCCGAGACAUCCGAGAGGACGACGAUGAUGGACGUCGCUUCUGGCCCAAAGAGAUUUGGUCCAAGCACGUCACCAAGUUUGAAGACCUGUUCAAGCUUGAGCACCGCGAAGCUGCACUAAACUGCAGCUCCGAGAUGGUGUUGAAUGCUUUGGAACACGUCGAAGACUGCCUGUUCUACCUGGCUGGUCUGCGUGAGCAGAGUGUCUUCAACUUCUGCGCUAUUCCGCAAUCCAUGGCCAUUGCCACGCUGGAACUCUGCUUCCGCAACCCCGCGAUCUUCGAGCGUAACAUCAAGAUCACCAAGGGUGAGGCUUGCCAGCUGAUGUUCGAGUCGACGCAGAACCUGCGUAUCCUCUGUGCUGCCUUCCGCAAGUAUGCGCGCAAGAUUCACAAGAAGAACACUCCCAAGGACCCUAACUUCCUUAAGAUCAGCCUUGUUUGUGGACGGAUUGAAAAAUGGAUCGAAACCAUCUUCCCCAGCCAAAAUGCCGAGGCCGCCAAGCGUCGUAUCACUGGCGAGCUGACGGAGGCGGAGAAGAAGCAGGCCGAGGAGCACGCCGAGACCCGUAAGGACAUGUACUUUAUGAUGGGUCUCAUGGUGGUGAUUGUGUUCAUCACCUCGAUUGUUAUGAUCUUCACUGCCUGGCUACUUGGUGCACGAUUCGACCUGGCGUGGCAGGAGCUGCGGUCCGGCAACUUCCGGCCACCCAGGGAAGUCCGCGCAAAGAAAGAGCUGUAA